CUCCCUUUACAGUUAAUCACACUUAGGUUAAUUGCUUGUUUUUAUUUUUGUGUUCUCCUUGGAACUAUGAUUUUUUUUUUAAUUAUAGGCAUGUAUCUUAUUAAUCUUUAUGUUCCAAGUGACUGCCACAAAACUUAGCCCAUAUUUCCUAGAUGAUUGUGAUAUUUAAUGAGAAUCAAUGCAGUGUGGAGAUUGGUUGGAAGACAAUAAAAAUUUCACUGCCGUGUUUUUCUGUAUUCUUUUUAGGGAUAAAACUGUGUAAAUGGCCUUGAGGAACCACAGCACCAUCACCGAGUUCAUCAUCCUUGGGCUGUCUGCUGACCCCAAGAUCCAGGCUCUACUCUUUGUGCUCUUCCUGGGGAUUUACCUCCUGACCAUGCUGGGGAACCUGAUGAUGCUGCUGGUCAUCAGGACUGAUUCUCACCUCCACACACCCAUGUACUUCUUCCUGAGUCACCUCUCUUUUAUUGACCUCUGCUUCUCUUCAGUCACCGUGCCCAAGAUGCUGGAGAACCUUCUGUCUCAGAAGAAAUCCAUCUCAGUAAGGGGCUGCCUGGCUCAGGUAUUCUUUGUGUUUAUCACUGGAGGGACUGAAAUCUGUCUUCUUUCGGUGAUGGCUUAUGACCGCUAUGCUGCCAUCUGCCACCCUCUGCUCUAUGGCCAGGUGAUGAGUAAACAGUGGUGUGCGCAGCUUGUGUGGGGCUCAUGGGGUCUAGGGUUUCUGGACACAGUCAUCAAUGUCCCUCUGGCAAUGAAAAUGGACUUCUGUGAUACCUACAUCAUCCCACACUACAGCUGUGAGUUACCCUCUAUAUUCCUUCUGUCUUGCUCCGAUGUCUCCACCAACUUCCUUGUCAUGCUCUGUUCCACCAUCCCACAUGCACUUAUAACUUUCCUUUCAAUCUUUUUCUCUUACAUCUGCAUCAUCUUCACCAUCCUUAGCAUCACCUCUACUUCCGGCAGAAACAAGGUGUUCUCCACGUGCUCCUCCCACAUCGCUGCAGUGAUCUUCUUCUAUGGGUCAGUUUUUCUCCGCUAUUUCAUUCCAACCUCAGGGUCGUCCCUUAAGUUGAUCUUCUCUGUGCAAUACAGUGUGAUCACUCCCAUGCUAAACCCCCUCAUCUACAGUCUGAAGAACAAGGAGGUGAAGGCAGCUGUGAGAAGAACACUGGAAAAGUAUUUACAAUAUGUUCAAUGGCAGAAUAAAGGGAAAGGAUGAUGGGGAAUUCAGAUAGAAAUACUUGUAGCAAGACAUUAAAGACAACUUCCUGAGUGCUCAUACAGCAUUUGGCAAAACAAUUCAGAAAUACCUAAGAAGGAAACACAGACCUAAUAUAGAGUAGAUCGAGUUCAAUUCCACUCAGAGGCAUAAGAAUGGUUUAAAUAUUUAUGUCAACCAUAAAAUUUCAUUAUGAGCAUGUUCACGAAUAAUUCUUUUAUAUGUGUGUGUUGUGUGUUUGUGCAUGUGUGAUUGUGUGUGUGUGUUUGAGUAAGCAUGUGUGUGUGUGUGUGUGUGUGCAUGUGUAUGAAGGUUGGCUUUGUAUAAAUUACCUGACCACUAUUUGUAGUUAAAUUUGGGAAAGGCGAUGAAAGCUAUAGUUUUUUUUAAAUGAAAUGGGGCCCAUAUGUUUUAAGGAGAAAAGUCCUAAUGAGUUCGUAGGGGCACAGGGUAAUGAGUACUGGUUAGAGUUGAAGGAUGAGAAAUGAAUGAGUCACCUAUUAGAGUAUUCCUCUUAGACGAAUGAAACCUUCUCAGGUGUUUGCUGUUACAUAGAGCUUAACCUGGGAACUAAGGCCUUUGGAGAAGACCACUCCUACCAUAGCUGACCUGGUUGUACUCAUUUCCCAGUUUUAAGUAGGCCCACAGCCUCUGGAAGAAGGACACUCUUAGGAAAACAGGACAGAAAAGAAGAGAAAUACCAGGACAAUGCAGAACCUGAGUGCAUCUCAGGCAAUCACUCCACCAGGGUCUUUAUGGGUUUUCAACUGAAGGACUGAAGUUCUUUUCAGAACUCUUACAUAGGGCUCAAAGGUGAGAUGUGGGAUGAAAGGAAUGCGUGGGAAUGUUUCCAAAUAAGCAGAUACAGGUUAGAUUCCAGGCAGAAUUGCAAAAUAGGACAUAUUUGGUGGCCUCUGCCUUCCCUUUUUGCAUCCUUCCCAAACUUUGAUGCUCCUGCUUCUAUCUAAGUGCCCAGGGCCACACUAUUUCCUUGUGGCCACACUAUUUCCUUAGGUGCCCAAACAAACAGAGAAACCUUUUGCCAUUGAGUCUAUUCUGAUUCAUAGUGACCCUAUGGGACAGAGUAGAACUGCCCCAUAGGGUUUCCAAGUUUUUUGGGUUUUUUUUUUUAAUCUUUAUGGAAGCCAACUGCCACAUCUUUUUCCCAAGGAGUGGCUGAUGGGUUCAUACCUCUGUCUUUUUGGUUAGCAGCUCAGUGAUUAACCACUGC